AUGGAAAUUAAGAAAGAACAACCAUAGCCCUUAAUAGGUAAGGCAAGAAUCCACUCUUCCCGACUACCGCCCACUUACGGAAUGAUUUCUAAUAAAUAUACAUUGGGAGGGUAAGAACGGAUUGGAAGACACCCUAAUUCUAGGAAAAUAUCGCUUCCUUCCUAGUAUCCAUCUCUUCAAAGAUCAUCUACUUAAUCUCGUUAGAAUUCAUUAGUUGAUAACUAGCAAUCUAAUUAAAGUCAUAAUCGCUCUUAAGCAAAUUCAAGCCAGCGGGAAAGGCCUUUUAGAAUAGGCAGGCAUUUCGAAAAGGAGAAUUCCUUCAAUAUAAACUAGCUGCCUAUCCUUGAAGAGAGCGGCAGUCUUGAGAAAACUAUGAAAGAGAUGUUUAUAAAUGGAGAUAAAUUUGGAAUCAAGAAUUAAAAGUAUAAAUAACCCUUGAAUUAAUACAAUUAACAAUAACAACAAAUAUAUAUGUCUCUCUAACAGUAGCAAUAACAAAUGCAGCCACAGCAGUGCAAGACACCGACCUGCAUCUAGAGCAGGGCUUUAGAACCUAUUUAAUUUGACUAGAAUAUACCGAGGAAGGAGUAAGCAGUAAUUGAGCAAUAGAAUGUGAGCGUAAAUUUUUAGAGAAACAGGAAUAACUCCAACUCUGCCAUUUUUAAGCAUCAGUAAUUUAAGAAAAAUUAUGUCAAAAAGCUCAAUUCAUUCAACGUCUACUUACCUCCACCCUAGGUUACUGCCAAAUGCUGGGCAAUAUUUGACGCUUCUAAAAUGAAUUUUAUCCAUGGUAAAAGAGAGUACAUGAGGCGAGAAGUAGCAAGUCUUACAAAAAUGAUGACAGCUUACACUGUCAUUAAAUUAGUUAAAGAAUAUAAAAUUGAUAUGAGCAAGGAAAUGGUGGUAAUAUAGCAAGUUGCUGCUUAAAUUUCAGGCACAACAGCAUGCCUAUAAGAAGCUGAUUAACUCACUGUCGAGUAACUAUUGUAUGGUUUGAUGUUACCUUCAGGAAAUGAUGCAGCAUUUGCUUUGGCAUAGCAUUUCGGUCAGAUUUUAUUUAACAGCAACUAUGAGUCAUUGGAGGAAGGUAAUAAAGUUUACAGCUAUCAGUUCAACUGGCAUGGAUACUAUGUGAAGUACUUUUUGAGAGAAAUGAAUGAGAAUGCAGCAAGAAUUUAAAUGAUGAGCACAAACUUUGAUAGUCCGCAUGGACUCAUGAACUAACAGAAUUACUCAACCGCUUACGAUAUCGCUAAACUAGCAUCGAAAUGUAUGUAGAAUGAUCUUUAUAGAAAGAUUGUUAAUACUAAAAUAUUUGAAUGUCAAGGUAGAACUAAAGAUGGAUAGCUAAGAAAGUACUGUUGGGAAAAUACAAAUAAAUUACUCGGAUAAGAUGGAUUUAAUGGAAUCAAAACUGGUAUUACUGAUUCUGCAGGUCCAUGCUUAGCUUCAUCUUAUCAAAAAGGACCAGACUUUUUCAUUGUAGUAAUUUUGAAUAGCAAGAGUAUGGAAUAAAGAUGGGUUGAGGUGCCUAAACUUGUUGAAUGGGCAAUAACUAAGAAGAAUGCUCAGAUUGAAAUGAGUAAAUAAUAUGAUUUAGGAAAUACUGAUAGUAAUCACAGCCUAGUCUCCUAGAAGCUUAAUCUUCGAUGA